UAAAUGUAAAAUGAAGCAAAUUGGUUUUGAGAAAUAAUUUUAUGGUUAAUUAACUCUCUCAUGACAGUGAUGUCAGCUGUAUUGUAAUAUCCCAGUGUCAGGUUUAAUUUGAUUCAAAAUGAAACAAAAUACUGUAAGUACUCUGCAGGUCAAGCCAUAUAUGGGGAAGAAAAAUCAUUAAUAUUUCAGAUCAACUUUUUAUCCAAAUUAUUUUGAAAGACCAUUGCCCCAAAAUACUAACUCUCAAUCUUCAGAGCUACAGAGUAUUUACUGUAAUUUCCCUUUUCUUUUAACAUUCCAAAAUCUGCAGAGUUUUGCUUUGCCAAUGACUUUGUUGUGAUUAGUUCAGGCAAACUGCAGAAUUGCUUAGACUUUAUUUCUAUAGUUGUGAGAAAGUUCAUGUCUUCUGUGUAUGCAAGUAGGGAAGUUCUGAACUUCCUCACUGCUGAUUGAAGCUGUCUAUCCGACAGCAGCCCGGCAGCAGGCUAUGACUUACUGCCAAUUUCCAACGGUUAUGCUGAGAAAUCAGCAGGUUCAAUGGCUUUAUUCAUUUCAAAAGAGACCAGAGGUUGUGAGGAAGUUGAAAUGCAAAUUGACUCAAAUUUAUUAAGUAUAGUUAAUUGAUUUAGUGGUUUUUAUAAUAUAAUAUUUAAUAGUACAUUCAAGGCAUUGCUAUGGUGUUCAUAAUUUGAAGGUGCUGUGUUAUAUAGGGCUUCACAAAAUCAUUUAGAUCCAGUUUUGUUGAGGAAGCUCUUGUGAGGCAUCUGCUCAUAGUAUGGACUUGUCCAUUAGAGUCCCGAAGAAGGGUCUCAAUGCAUAGCGUUAGCAACUCAUUCCCUCCAUAGAUGUUGCCUGACUUACUGAGUUCCUUCACCAUUUGGUGUGUGUUGCGCAAGAUUUCCAGCAUCUGCAGGAUCUCUAGUGUCUCCAGUAGAAGAAAGCCAUUGGCAAAUGCAGAAAGAAGGAUGGCAAGCACAGGUAAAGGGUGACUAGUUUCAGCUGUUUGCUGCUGCAGGAAUUCUGACUCAUUAGGUCAGUUGUGUCUCCAUGUGUCUGCUUAUAAUUGAGUUCAUACAAACCAGAGAUUCAUGGAUUUAUAGAUAUUAAGAAAAUAAAGAGAUUAGUGCAGGAAAGUAGCUUUAAGGUGGAAGGUCAGUCAUGACUUUAAAGAAUGGCAGAGCAGGAGGCCAGACAGCAUAUUCCUGCUCCUAAUGCUUACAUUCAUGUCUGUCUUUCCAAAAGUUAAUACUCAUUUCAAAACAGUUCUUGCAAUAGAAUUGUAUGAUGAGUUUUUAAUGCUUAUCAAAUGCACAUCUUAAGAGGUGGGGAAGUUGUAAUAUUUACAAGUGAGGUGCAAUCAUCUUCAAUUAUGUUUGCAUUCCUGGUUUUAAUAUGCCUGAUACAAUCAGUAAAACUUGCACCCCAAGGCCCUAAUAAGCAUCAUAUUGACAAAGCGCUUAUUGUAGAUGAUGACCUUGUUAAAAAUUUGUUCUUUUUUAACUUCCAUUAAUAUCACCAGAAGGAGUAUCAGUUGAACUAUGCUCCCUGCAUGUAAUAUCCACCCCCCCCACACAUUUUUCUUUUGACUUCUCAUGUCAACAACACUGAAAUGUGCAGAGAUUUUAAACACAACUCUGAAGGUCAUGGCUUCAUGAAGUUCAGACUCCAGAUUAUGAAAAUGGACAUAAACCCACGGAUGCUACCAUACCUUUCCAAUAUUUUUUCUCAAGUAUUUUUUCCUAAUUAUCAGUAUCUUCGGUCUCAGACAGCCAAGAAAAGGAUUUCCCUCCCUCCCCUUUGGCAAGCAAUGAUGCAGAAAAUAACGCCGUUCGUUUCCAAAGCAGUGAAGGUCAUGUCAUUUACUGCCAUUGGUUUUUUACUGAUCACUUUCACUGCCAAGCUGAGUUUUUGUGAGGAGCAUUUGCAAAAUCGCAGGAUGAUUGAUGUACAUUGGAGAGUAAAACGUGCCACUAACUGCACCACUGAGUUCAUAACGGAGAGUGAUACUAGCGAACCUGAUCUACCGGCAAGAUAUACAGCCGAGCAGCUGGAUGCCUGUUUGGAAAAGGAAGUGCUGUCUAAAAACCUUUCUGAACUGGGAAAUAUAGCUUUUAGUAGAACUCAGCUUCUUGUUCUGAAGAAAAAAUUAGAAGAUCUUUAUCCAGGUGGACUGCCACAAGAGCAGAUUCUACAUUUGGGAUUCAUUAUCACUGUGUAUGGAGCUGAGGAAAUUAGCACGUGGAAUAUAACAGAUCCGAAUACCCUUGCAUAUGUUAUUUCUAACAGUCCAAAUUUUAAUACGACAGUAGCAAUUCUCACAAAUUAUGUUCAGAAAAAAGGGAUACUGAAUACACCUGUGUUGAAUGCGAUCGAUGGUAACAUUUUGUGCGGUCUGAGUGAAGAGAUUCUUCAAAAAAUCCCUCCUGCUGAAUUAAAGAGAGCCAAACCAUUAAAUAUUUCUGCAUGCACUCAGCGAAAGAAGGAUAUAAUCUAUGGAAUUGCAAAAACCGCUUUCCAAGAUCAAGCUAAUAAUUUCAGUGCCUAUUAUCCUCUCAUCAAGCCAUAUAUCCCUGGCGCAAAAGUAACUGAUUUAAAGAGCCUGGCUGAUGGAAAUAUCAACAUGGACUAUGCAACCUUUAGCACACUCAAUCCAGAGGAAGUAGAAAAACUCUCUGCUAAUGAUAUCCGUAAACUACUUGGAAGAAAUCUAAAUGACCUUAAAACAAAUGAACAAGAUUUAAUAGUGAUGCGAUGGAUUUAUACACACUCACCUGAAGAUGUGGAAAGUCUCGGAAUUGGUCUACAGAGAGUUCCAUCACUAGCUGGAAUUGGAAAUAUAGUUUUUUCCAAAGAGCCUGAUUCCAAUUCUGCUUCAAGCAACAGCUACAGCAUCCUGAUCUCCUUUUGCAUAACUGUGAUAAGCAUUACAAUACAGUCCAUUUUAUAAACUGGGAUUCAACCCACUUCUGCUUUUUAACUGAUAAGUGGAGAGAAUCAGAACUCACUGAAGGAUUUAAAUGAAGGUUUAGAAAUCUCAGAAUGAAUAGUGUGGUGUUUGCCUAUAACAAUCCACUGUGGAUUUGCUUGAAACCAACUUUUAUGACAAUGCUUUGAAUAUGAAGCAGAAGAUAAAGAUUCGGGAUUAAUAUAUAAAACAAAUCUUUUUCAUGUAGUAAAUUACAAUAACCUGAAAUUCAUGGCCCAUUGGAUGGUGAAAGCAAAUUGAGUUAUUGCGCUCAAUAACAUAUGGAUAGAUAUUUGCCUAAAUGAGUGACUAGAUAUUUCACAGAGACUACCUCACACUAAAUGGGCUGAAUAGUUUACUAGUAUGCAUUCCAUGAAUUCUAUCAUUCUUUGAUGAGAUUAGGGGGAACAAUGGAUUGUAACUAAAUCGACAAUUAUAUGAAAACAACCAGUAAAAUAUUUUACUUUCCAGAUUUUCAUUCAUGUUCUGUUCUCACAAUCCUUAGAAGAAGAUUAUUUCAGGAUAUUGCUAUCUCCUACAUUUAUCUUUGAAGACUCUAUCUGGGCACAUAUACUGAACACAUGCAUUGUAAAGUUAAGGCAUCACUAUCAAUUCUGUUCAAACCAUACUUGUUCAGCAACAAAGAAUCUCAAUUGGCAUUGUUGAUCAUGAGUACAAAUUCUAUUAGAUCUUAUUAAAUGUAAUAUUAUUAAAGCCGUUCGUAGUGCAGAACUGGAUGUCUCCGUUAAUUUAGUUCAACUCAGUGUUUAUGGGAUUACGAUAUCAAGUUGUCUCAGUGGCUUGUAAUUGAAAAGGGGAGAAAGAGCGUUAAGAGUUAUCACUCCAAAUCAUUAUCCAAGUUAUCCACUUGGAAAAUAUAAAUUUUAGACCAGCUUUGGGCUAAGGCAUUUGCCAUUACUGACUGGAACAAACUUAAAACAAUCUUGUUACAACUGAUUACAAUUAAAAGUGAAAGUAGGAAAAGGCAAAGACCACUUUUCUGUCUGCUUUGUAUUCUGGCCACAGUUGAGAAUGAAACAUAAAAUGUUGUCUAAGAUUAUUGUAUUUACUCUCUAUAUUGAAUUUACCACUCUGUGGAGUUUGUUGAGUAUAUUUGUUGUUGCAUUAUCUUUCAGCUAUUUAUUUUUUGGCUAGUAUACCUACUUAUUAAUUCUAUGUAAUUAUUAUGUAAAGAAUGUAUAUUUUUAUUUACAAUUAAAGCAAAGUGAACCAUG